AUGAGUAUAGAAGUUAUACAGGAGGAGCGGAAUGGAUGUAUUGGAAAGGAUCAGGUUGUUCAAUUGGAGUGGAACUUACAACCUCUAGAAGAGGAUCCAGAAAUAUGCGUAGAAGAAGCAUCGCUUCCGUCGCAGCAGCCCACGCUUAAAAUGAAGUUGUCUGAUAUUCUUCAUGGGCAUUGGAGACAUCACUAUCAGAAUGAAAGGGUUAAGGUUACCAAUAUUUUGUUUCAGAUUGGUAUAAUUAGGGUUGUUGUUAAUUUUAUUCAGAAUUUUCUUAUCAAGAUUUUGCAGAUGGGGCCGCUUCCACAACAUGUGUCAUUUAUUAUGGAUGGGAAUAGACGGUACGCCAAGUCGUUGAAUCUUCCUCUUAAGCGGGGGCAUGAAGCAGGCAGUCUAACAUUGUUCAGGACGUUACACAUAUGUAAGAAGGUGGGUAUUGAUGUGGUAAGCGCGUACGCGUUCUCUAUUGAGAAUUUCAAUAGGCCCAAGGAGGAGAUUGACACAUUGACUGACAUGUUGAGUAGGCGGUUGCAAGAUUUAGCAAAUAGGGCGAACAACCUAAAGGAUCGAUUGUAUGGAGCUAAAUUGCUAGUUGUUGGUGACAGAGCAUUAUUAGCCGAUGAACUAAAUGACAAGAUCAGUUAUGUUGAGGCAAUGACCAAACAUAACACGGCAUUUAACAUUUACAUAUGUUUACCAUACACGACGCGAAACGAUAUCUACCACUCCAUGCACGAUUUGGUCAGGCUUUGUCAGAAUGGAGUCUUGAGUACUGAGGAAAUUACUGUAGAACAAUUGACUAAUGCAAUGUACUUGGGUUCAAGUUCUAAUAAAGCUGAUAUUUUGGUUCGGACUAGUGGGCAUACCCGACUCUCCGACUACAUGUUGUGGCAGACACAUGAAAACUCUGUAAUUGAGUUUUCCAAAUGCAUGUGGCCCGAUUUUACUUUCAGGAGUUUCUAUUUAAUAUUAUUAAAAUGGAGCUUCUUUACAACAUUGCAAAGGGCAAGAAAGAGGGAGAAGUUAAGGACUCGCGUAGGAUCAUUUGCAACUACUUUGCUUAGACAGCGGAAAAGGGUCCCAGUCAGGCUUGAUAAACUUCCUCCUCCUCCAAAAGCUGUAUCUGUAACUGACAGAUAA